AUGGUAAUCCAAUUAGGGCUGUCAAUGCGCUGGGCUGCCCUGACGGGCUUGCAGACCUGGCCUGCCUCGGGCUGGGGAACGGGCUUGUGGACAUUGCUUGAAGGUUUCCUGCUUCUUUCAAAUGCCUUGGUGAUACUAAAUGAGGAUCGAUUCCUUGCUCCGAUAGGGUGGAGCUUUUCUGAAGUCUCAAGGGGCAGGACAAAGUCACUCAAGGGGCAGAUGAUUGGGCUCAUCUAUGCAACCCAAUACAUGAGGCUUCCACUAAUAGCUUUCAAUACCAUCACCAUUGCCAUGAUGUUGGUGUCUGGGUGAGGUUUGAACUUCUGCUCGAGUUUGAUGAAUGUUGCCA